GAGGGACAUACUCACUGCUGCUCAUCAUAGGACUUGAAAAUGGAAGAAUCGUGGCAGCGACGGCGAUGGUCACGGAGCUGAGGUGCCUCUUUCCAUGCCAACCGACAGGGAUAUGGAGGGGGCUCUUCUCUUGUCUACCAGUGGCUGAACAGGCGGCUGGUGUCUCAUCUAAUUUCCAGAACAGCCCGUCCGAAUCACAAUCGAGAGACUCCUGCAGCAGUAGUGCAUCUGGAACGUAGAAUCACGUCGAUUGAUUUCUUCAUGGGGCUUUUUUUGAAUAGCAAUUGCAGGCCAACCAUCCACAAUACUCCAAAAUGCGAACACGAGCGUCUGCACCGCCGAAGCAGGCCGUCUCCGAGCAACAGCCUCCAGCACUCAGGACUGCAGAGAAACCAAGCAAGAUCUUCAUAUUGCCCAAAGCUGCGAGCAGCAAUGCACGGUUUUUGAUGUUGCCGAAUCCGCGAACAGAGCUGCUUAGUCGGUAUUUUUUCUGUCCAGAACUCGGGGUGUUUGAGUUCACAGUCAUCGCACCGCCGCCCCAUGCGCAACGCAGCGUCCUGUUCACGACUCCUUCCGAGAAGGAAACAGCAAAUUCUAAAGAGGACACAAAGCCAGGAUGUGCAUCCAUCACGAAGAAUGCCCAGUUGCUAGUUGCGACGCCAGUCGACAUCAUAUUCUUCAUGAUUCCUAUCCUACGAGCUGCGUCCCAAUCGGGUCAUACCAAGGGGCUGUACCAACCUCUCGACGAUAUCAUUGAUUCUCAGGAUGAGAUGGCCAAGCAUCUCAGAUACGUUUUGAAUGAUCCAAUCUUCCGAGGGAGUCUACAAUCGCGGGUGGAGGCUAUCUGUGAUAGUGUCGAAGCAGGCGAUGAGAAGAUGCUGCGGUUCAGCGAGGAGAAGCUCAUGGCGGAGCUGAUCUCGAAGGCAGAGCGCACUGUUGCCCAGGGCCUUCCGGUAAGCAUGGAAGACCGGUUUAUCCGUCAAGCGCUGGCUACUCCGUUGAUGGCUGUGAAACGGGACGAGCCCGUGACUACUGUAACCGAAGCCGAGGUGCAAUCCUCGGAGGAAUCCGAAACACGAUCAACAACAACAACAGCUAGUUCUGCGACGACCCAAAUAACCUCAGAUCAGUCGACUCCGACGCCGAACCCGGAAUCGGCUCCCGAUGUGCCAUCGACCCCGGAGCAUAUCACCCGGUUGCUAAGGCUCUCCACGGCCCUAUCGUUCAUGAAGGAAUCAUAUAUUGCAGGGGAUCUCUGCACCCGGCUAGACGAGAUGCUUGCCUCUACGCAAAGUCCUAUCGAUCUCAAGCCCUUAACAGAGCACCUGCAGCAUGUUGCCGAGCUACGCGCCAAGGCCCUUUCAUCUCGCACCUUGACGGAUUUCACCCGCAAAAGGGGGCUGGAGGACGAAGAAGCCGCCGAGUCACGGGCAGAGAAGAAGCGCCGGAUGGAAGAGGAAGAGAAGAAGAAGAAGGCUGGGGAGUCGCGUGCCGUGCGGGAUCUGAAAAAGGUGAACACCAGCGGCAUGAAGAAGAUGAGUGCCUUCUUCUCCAAAGCUGCACUGGCGCCCUGCGACCAAGUUCAGGACAGCCGCGAAGGCUACACUUCUAUCAGACCAGGUCAAUCGACCGGAUUCCUACGAACGCGCAGCGUAUCAAAGACCAAUUGCAACCACCGAUCGAUCUGGGUUCAGGGAAUGCACUGAUCUGCCGUGUCCAUGAUAGAAGGCUAUACAUAGGAUAUAUAGGGAGCUUCUGGAAGACAGUGUCGUACUAUGAAGAC